AACAUCUUACCCCAUCUAGAAUCAAUACUGUGAAUAUUGUCAGAAGGGUGAUAGGCACUCUAAGAAAACAUUGCAUUCUGACAUUUCUGAGCGGGUCAAACUCGUUCUGUCUUAUAGUUAACCUCUUGCACAACUCAUCUCUUUUCCUUGAAAAGGACGCUCAGUAACAUCCGUUGAGUGGAACCUCGACCAACCUUAGUCGUUGCCUAAAGAGGUUUGGUGCUUUUCUUUCUCUACGAAACAUGGCUAUUAGUCUUCCACUGCUUUGUGUACUUAUUUUAACACUGGUUCAACCUUUGCUCGGGGCUUCUAAUAACUUCAAUUACAAUGUCUCAGAUACCAAAUAUGGUCCUUAUGGCUGGCCUAAAACGUUUCCAGACUUCUGUAACGGUUCAAGCCAGUCACCCAUCAACAUCGAAACCUCCAAAACAACGCAUGCAAGUUUGGGCCAACUCACCCUGACCAAAUUCGACACCGUUCCCACUGGAGCAAAGUUUAAGGUUACUAACAAUGGCCACUCCUAUAGUGUGUUCCUUGCACCCAACACAUUCUCUGUGUCCGAGGGAGGUUUGACAGGCGAAUUCACCACUGUCCAGUUUCACUUUCACUGGGGUAGCGACAACAACAAGGGAUCUGAACAUACCGUAGAUGGAAAGAAGUAUCCGGCUGAGAUGCAUUUUGUGAGCUUCAACAAAAAGUAUUCGGAGAUUAAUGAAGCCUUAGAGCAUGAUGAUGGACUUGCAGUGUUAGGCGUCAUCUUCGAGGUUGGCGCAACCGAAAAUAAAGCGCUAACGUCUUUCUUGAAAUACGCACUCAAUGUGACGAAACCAUCUGAAAUGACUGGCUUGUCUAUGAACCAUAGCCUGGGAUCUUUACUACCCCUCAACACCACUGACUUCUACAGAUACAAGGGUAGUUUGACGACACCACGUUGUAACGAGGUUGUCACUUGGACCGUAUUUAAGAACUAUGCUACAAUCUCCGCAAAUCAGCUCGCCAUGCUUCGAAGUCUAAAAGACAACGCAACAAUUGCUCUAACCGACACCUUCCGUCCCGUUCAACCCCUGAAUUCUCGUGUCGUUCAAAGAAGCUUCAAGACUGCUGCUGAUGAUAAGGAACCAGACAACGAAUCUUGUCUCGUGACUGUCACCAUGACAACCAUUCUGUCUGCUCUGGUGGUGGCAGUUUUGUUGAUUUAGUGAUGGAGUUGUCUUCUAUAUAGCGCAAGCAGAGGCAUGCACUCUCACUUAUAGCCAUUUGAAGGUUGGGGCAAAACUGGGUCGAGAUGAUAUUGCAAUGCAUUGUGGUGCUAUUUUAGGUGAAUUUUUCUUAGGUUCGACUCUUCAUAACUGGCAGCUGCUAAUUUACAUAAAAGUUGAAAAUUAAUGUCUUUGGAGUGAAAACCCUUUUAAAUCAUGAAGCUUUUUAACGUGUGAGUUUCUAAUGAAAGUAAUUAGUCCUUGACAAGAUAUGAGCACUUGAAGUUUUCAAAAUAUGCACCAAACUGAAGCCAACAAGGCUCCCAGUGAUAAACAAUUACAAAACUUUCUAUAUUCGA